AUGUCUUCUCUGAAAUCAUUCAUCAAGGCCGUUCGUGCCGCGAAGACGAUGGCGGACGAGCGCGCGGUCAUUCAAAAGGAGUCGGCGGCAAUCCGCGCCUCGUUCCGCGAGGACAUAGCAGACUCGACGAUUCGGAGGCAGAACAUUGCAAAGCUGCUGUACUUGUUCACGCUCGGCGAGCGCACGCAUUUCGGACAGAUUGAGUGCUUGAAGUUGCUUGCGACGAGCAAGUUCUCUGAUAAGCGGCUGGGGUACUUGGGUACCAUGUUGCUGCUUGACGAGAACCAGGAGGUCUUGACUCUAGUUACUAAUUCUUUGAAGAAUGACCUCAACCAUCCGAACCAAUACGUCGUCGCCCUCGCGCUCUGCACGCUCGGCAACAUCGCCUCUCAAGAGAUGGCGCGCGAUCUAUUUGCCGACGUCGAGAAACUGAUUGUCACGCAGAACCAGUACCUGCGGAAAAAGGCCGCCCUGUGCGCCAUGCGUAUAAUCCGAAAAGUGCCUGAGCUGCGCGAGCGAUUCGUCGAUAAGGCAAAGGCUUUGCUGGGAGAGCAUCAUCAUGGUGUGCUGAUCUGUGGAAUGACGUUGGUGUAUGAUAUGUGCUCUGAGGAUCCGUCUCUUAUUGAGCAAUUUAGACAGUAUAUACCCUCACUGGUGAGACAGUUGCGAACUCUGACGACCUCAGGAUAUACUCCCGAACACGACGUCGCCGGACUAUCGGAUCCGUUCCUGCAGACCAAGAUCCUCAAGCUUCUGCGGGUGCUGGCGAAGGGCGAUCCCGCCUCGGCCGAGCAAAUGAGCGACAUUCUCGCCCAGGUGGUCACAAACACAGACUCGUCCAAGAACGUCGGCAACUCGAUCCUUUACGAGGCUGUGCUCACGAUCCUCGAGAUUGACGCCGACAGCGGACUUCGUGUGUUGGGAAUCAGCGUGCUCGGUCGGUUCUUGAGUAACAAGGAUAACAACGUGAAAUACGUUGGUCUAAACACGCUGUCUAAGGUGAUUGAGCUCGAGCCGACCGCGGUUCAGAGACACCGGACGACGAUCCUCGACUGUCUUCACGACGCCGAUAUCUCGAUCCGUCGUCGCGCGCUCGAUCUUUCGUUUGAUCUGAUUGACGAGCACAACGUGCGCGUUCUCGUGCGCGAGCUGCUUGUCUUCCUCGAGACCGCCGACACCGAAUUCAAGGCGACGAUGACGAUGCAGAUCUGCAUCGCAGCCGAGAAGUAUGCGCCCAACAAGCGCUGGCACAUCGACACCGUCCUGCGAGUGUUCAAGCUCGCGGGUAACUACGUGUCUGAGCAGAUCAUCUCGCAGUUCAUCGCGCUGGUGUCCAACACCGAGAACAUGCAGCUGUAUACUGUACAGAAGCUGUACUCGUUGCUGCGAGCGGAUAUCACUCAGGAGGCGCUUACGCUGGCUGGAGCUUGGGUCAUCGGUGAGUACGGCGACGAGCUUCUGAAAGCCGGGACGUUUGAAGAAGAGGAAGUCAAGCAUGAGGUGCACGAAUCCGACAUCAUUCAAAUCUUUGAGAGUAUAAUGUACAGUACGUACGCUACGCAGGCGGUGCAGGAGUAUGUUCUUGACGCGCUAGUGAAGCUGUCGACGCGGAUGUCUGAACCGGCACAGGUCGAGCGCGUGCGACGACUGAUCGGCUCGCAGACGACCGCUCUCGACGUUGAGAUCCAGCAGCGUGCGGUCGAGUACAGCGCUCUUUUCGGACACGAGGAUAUUCGUCGUGGCGUGUUGGAGAAAAUGCCGGCGGCUGAGAUCAGAGAGGAUAAGAAGCUGCAUGUUGAGAAGAAGGGUUCUAGGGCGUCUGCACCCGCGCCUGUUGUUGCCAAGCCAAAGACUGAAACUGAUAUAUUACUUGAUUUGAUGGGUGGUGACGAUGAUGUCGCGCCUUCGUCUGCCGUAGCCGGCAACGGAGAUCUUCUUUCGAUGGCUAGUGCAGGCGGCUUCGCUCUGCCGACCGAGAGCGCUACCAACGGGUCAUCUGCCGCUGCGCCAGCCUCUCACCAGCCAGAGAAGAGCAAUAUCAACGACAUUCUCGAUCUGUUCAACAGUACACCGCAGCAACCUGCUGCUCCUGCGGCUGCCCCCGGCUUCGUCCCUGCUGUUACGUCUGCUGCUUCGCCGCUCGCGGCGGUGUCGACAACUGCGCCUGCCGCGUUCUCAGUCACAUCUCCGACGACCCCUACUGCGGGCGCAUCUGCCGCCAGCAGCGGCGCGCCUUCCUACACAGCGUACAACAACAACGGCCUUCUCAUCGAUCUGCAACCGCUCCGCGACGCCAGCACGCCCGAGGGCGUCGUGACGAUCGUUGCAAAUUUCAAAAACACGGGCUCCGAACCGCUUGCGAACGUCAACUUCCAAGUCGCGGUGCCGAAGCGCCAGCACGUCGAGCUGCGUCCGAUCAGUUCGCCGCAGAUCGCAGUCGGCGGCACGGCGCAGCAGGCGCUGCGGGUUACGGCUGCCAAGGGCGCGCAGGUGCGGUUGCGGCUGCGAAUAAGUUUCUUGAAGGGCGCGCAGGAGGUCGUGGAUCAGUCUGACUUUAGCCAGUUUCCUGAGACCUUGUUGGCGUAG